AUGGACACUGAGCAGAAGUUACAAACUGCAAAGGAGAACAAGGCCAAGGCCGAUGAAGCGUUCAAGGCAGGCGAUGUCAAGAACGCAUUGAUGUCCUAUCAUAUGGCCUUGAUGUACCUGCAAGGGAUCAACAAACAGGACGUAUCUGGUGCCAUGGCCGCUAACAAUCCAGCUCCGGCAGAAGGUGGAGAGCCUGUGAAGCCGAAGACUGAGGUAGACGAGCUUCUUGAGAAGAUCUACGCCAAUCAGGCGGCAUGUCACAUUAAGAACUCGAACUGGCAACGCGCAUUAGAGACCUCAGAUAAGGCAUUGUCGAAGAACGAGACGAACUACAAAGCUAUGUUCCGCAAAGCCAAGGCUCUCGGUGAACUGGGCUACGUCGAGCGUGCGCAACGAUUACUGGAAGACAUCGCAAGCAAGAGCUCAACUGAUGCGCCUGCUGCUCAAGCUGAGCUCGCACGCUUGCGCGCGCUAGACAAGCAGCGCGAAAAGAAGACAAACAACAGAAUGAAGGGCUUCCUCGGUCGCGACAAGUCCGGCAAGGGCAUCGGUCUCGAAACCGAUAAGGACUACCACAAACCAGCUCCAGGCACUAUCGCCAGCGGCGACGACUCUUAG